CUGACAAUCUGCUCCAAAUGUUUUCCAUAUUUGUUCAGCCUCCUUGAUUCAAAUACCAGGAACAACUCAGCCAGCACAAAGCGAAGCUUUGGGGGGCAAAAAAACUCACACCCCCAUCAGCGCGCGCACACACACACGCACGUGAGAACCUAAAGUUCAUCGGCAUGGGAAAGGAGGAGGAGAAGAAACCCCAGCACAGCACGUCCCUGAAUAACCAGAGCCAGACAGGGAAGGCACCCGAAGGGGAGAAAAGCACCGACUCGAGCAAGACGCAGGAGUCCGCGAUGAAGAAGAAGAAGAAGCAGAAGAAAACCAAGGGGGAUCCCAAAACUGGCCAGGAGGAGGAAUCCCACACUUGUUGUGGCUGCCGUUUCCCGCUGCUGUUUGCUUUGUUGCAGCUGGCAUUAGGCAUCUCUGUAACAGUGCUGGGCUUCCUUAUGGCAGGCAUCAGUUCUUCUCUGCUAGUCAGAGACACUCCAUAUUGGGCUGGGAUAAUUGUCUGUGUGGUGUCCUUAGUGGGAUUUGUUAUGCUUUGUAUUUUGUACCAACCUGAUGAGAAGACGUGUGUGCAGUUCACAGUAAAGCUGAUGUAUUUUCUCCUGAGUGCCCUGGGUCUGGUUGCCUGUGUUUUGGCAGUGGCUUUUGCUGCACACCAUUAUUUGCAGAUGACAAAAUUUACCUGCGAUACCAUCCUCGAGUCCUGCCAGUGCAAACUGGACACUGCAGACCCCCUUGGUAGGACCUUCGUCUACCAGGACGCAGGUGACUGUGGCAGCCUCACCAGCAUGCUUAACCUGUACUUACUUCUGCAGAUGGUUCUCAAUCUGAUCGCAGCCCUGGUGUGUCUGUCGGCAUGCUUCGUGAUGUGGAAACACAGAUACCAGGUCUUUUACGUGGGCGUUCGGUUCUACCCUUUAACUGCUACUGAAGGCCAGCAACAGAAAGUAUAGGGUCUGGGCUGGCGGGGGGCUGUAGCCAGGGAAUGGAAAAUGUCAGCAUACUGCCACCAUAGACACCACGGAUGGAUGAGUGUUUAUAAGCUUUUUGACAAGGGAAAAACAUUCGCACAGUUUUAAUGAAUAUAUUUUUCAAUUAUUUUAAGAGCAUUUUAUAUGACUGCUCUUGCAAAAGGUCUCUUGUGAGAUUAUAUAGAGGUCACAAAGUCCUAAAGAUGCAGCUGUACAAUACUCACCAAAGAGGAUCUUUAAGAGCCAUAGACAAAAUGAGAGCUUAGAAAAUCAUUGGGAACUCAUCUGCAGGGCUACAGCCGCUAAGAAAUAGGGUGCAUUUCCCUCGCUGGUAGAUAUCUGUUCUUGCCUUCGGAGAAGCUAUACCAAUUUCUACCAGAUAAAGAUCUGGUCCAAACUGCUUAAUUAUAAUCAUGCUGAUCAUGCUUAGGGAAUAUAUUGUCUCUCGGAUGCUCUGGAUAUAAUCCAUGCUAACCUGAUGGGGAUUCUCCAUAUGGAAAAGUAAUUAGGAAGGUCAAGACCUCUUCAAAUACAGGUCGAGACCAACAGCAAAGUGAAUAUCUUGACAACUGCCAUAUAAAAUAGACAUAAGAAUUUUCAGAGUGACUAAUGAUAUAGGUUACCUAAUCCAAUUACUAAUAAACAACAAUAUGAGAGGGUUGACUGAUGGUGAUUUGGUGGGCCCUGCUUGAGACCCCAGGCAGAUUUCUGAAGUAUGAACACUCGGCACUUUGUAAGAAAAGAUCAGUUUAAGAAACCUCGAGCUACUCUCCUAAAGUGGACGACCCUAAAUCACUAGUCACGUUGAAAACUAUGUUGACAUUGCUGUAAUUGCAGGCUCCCAAACCCGGCGUCUAGCCAGUUCCACCAAUUAUACUCCAAGCACAAAAGGCCAAAUGCAUUUUUGGUGUAACUGCUCUGAAGACAAUCAGCCUUACACACCAGCAGUGGAGUUGGGCCAACAGCCCUGAAAGAUAUAUCCCCGCAACAAUGAAUGUUUUUAAAAUGGGGUGGAGGGAGGGAAGCAAGAAGAGACUGCCAGUCUCCCAAAGACAUCAUUUAUUAUGAUGAGGGCAAAAGCAUAAUGAUUUCUUAAUAAGCAGCAUAGAAUAACAAAACGCAUUCAAACAGUGCUUUUUCACCCUGAAAGUGUGGCUCUAGAAGUGCUUAAAGUCUUAUUAGCCUUAUACCGAGACAAGUGGGUUGGUUUGUCCCUCGAGCUGUCAUUUCCACUUGCACAGCAUGGACUUCUAAAUGUAGGAGCAAUUCUGAAUCGGCAGCAUUUUGCACUGCCUGCCAAUAUAUAUCUGUGUAAGGGCAAGGCAGUUGGUGCUCACACCCUGCCAUGACUAGGGAUUUCCCGAUCCCGGCCGGAGCAAGGGUGUUUCUGAGGUGGGGUGGAGCAAUCACAUGCCAGAAAAACUGUGCCAUAAUCAUUAGCAAGGAGGAAGAAAAUAAAAUUUCUAUAAGGCUUCAAAGAAACAAAAACUUUCUGUUUCUGCAGCAAAAAUAGCCACCAGGAAGUC